AUGGCUCGACUGAAUGAGCCCGCGGCGGCGCCAACGGAAACAAUAGAGUCUCUUAAACGAAAGUUCAUGCGGCAGAACCGCGACAUAGCUCGAGCGAACUCUACACAGUCGCUGCGCAUUCGGAGCCUCGAGAACGAGAUCUCCAGGCUGUUGGCCGACAAUUUAGGCCUUCGGGCGGAGAUAAUUCGUCUGCAUGGAGAAAUAGAGAAUGGAAAUGCUCAGCGGAUAGUGGAUCAUACUGGACAAGUGAAAUCACAGCUGGAAGAGAAAAUCCUUGAAAUUGGUGCAUUGCUUUCGGGUCUUGGUGCACCGUCUCCGAAAAAACAGUCAAGGCAGAGCGAACGAGCUACGAGAGCGAGUCCAGCUACAAGUCCAGGCCAUGAAAAGUGGAAGAACAUAUGCACUCCGAGUGAAGCAGUUGCUGGCCAGGAAGGACGAUUACCCCCUAUCCUGGAAAACAAAUAUUUUCCGAGAAGAACCCUCGAGCAAGAAGAGAUCCUGAGCCUGGUCACCGAUGCAGAAGCUGCUAGGAACACUGAGUCUCCAGAAAUCGGCCCUGCACCAGUUUCACAAUUUGUCGAUGAGGAUCCAGUCAAAAUUGACCUCCCAAGACGUACCAAAAAUCAAGAUGUUGUGGACACGAUCAGUCUAGAUCCUGCUACUUCAGUCAAUCUAGAACAACGGCGAAAACGUCGGGAUAGUAGUGGACUCUUAGACCAAGAGCGAGCUAGCAAGCCAGAAUCCUCGGCAACUGAGUUCUGUGAAACGACUGGGGCUCUCAAGAAGGGAGCUAAACGGAAACUCGGUGUCCGAGAUGAUGAAGAAACGGAUGCUUCUAGACGAUCUUAUGCCAGCUCUCCGGAUGAAUUCAACUACACCCGAGUUGCGAACGAGGACACGUCCCAGACCAAAUCUGCUUCUCCACCAGAGCGACCUAGUAACAAACCUACUAAAGAACUUGCCAUUGCUAGAGGAGCCCCGCGGGAUAAGACCACUGCCAUAAUUGCCAAUAGGAAGGUGCUUGCUCCGAAAUGCAUCAACCAAUCGCCAAGGAAAAACAUUCCUGCCUCGGACGAUACCAAAGUCAACAAGCCGGAAAAUCAGAGGCCGAAUAAUUCGACAGAUGCAAGUAAGAACAAGAAGCGAGAACCUGUUAGAAUCCAACCUUCUCCAGAUCCGGUGAUCAACACUGUUGAAGUACAGCCAGACACACCAGCUGCACCAGCUGCAGACAAAUUCUCGUCGGAGCUUCCCGAAGCCCCAUCAACUGGCAGGGCAAGAGACACCCCGCCUCCUGUGACUAUCGGGCCAACGCGGCCAAGUCGACGAGCCCGCGGAGCUGUCAGUUAUGCGGAACCUAGUCUUCGGGAUAAGAUGCGCAGGCCAACCAGAGAAAUGGUUGACGCCGUCACUAGGGAUGAAAAAGAGAAGGCUCGAACCAAGGUCAAGCUUGAAGAGGACACUGGUGUAGCUAGUCCAGCCAUCAAAGGAGAGCCUGAGGCAGACGAUGCUUGGAAAGAUAUGCCAGUCGCCUCGUCUACCACAGUAGAGAGUAGCCCUCUGAGGAAUAUAACACCCAGGCCAGAUCUACUCCCUAGCAAUAUCACAACCCAUCGAAAACGGCGCGAAUCUAUUUUGAAUCAAACGGAGCUUGAUAUCCCCAAAACGGCUUCAGGAGGUGCAAUUGCGGCACUUCUAGCAGAAACGAGGAGGGUCAAAGCGGCUGCAAAAGAAAAGGAGAGGGGAAGGGCCGUUGAGGACGAGACUGCAGUGAGCAACGGUAUGGCAGCUUUAAAUAUUUACGAAUUUCGAGGUUCCUCGCCUUCUUCAGCAGAAGCGCCGUCCAGAGCCAUCGAGGGGAAGGCUCCGACACGAUUCUCUAGAAGGUAUCCUCGAGACCAUGCUCAACAGCCUCAUCAGAGCGACCAUGAGAUGUCGGAUAUGGACGCAUCGAGGCAACCCGACAGGCCAGCAUCUCAUCGGAGACAGUCCACACUUGGUCUGAGAAGCUCUUCAUCGAAUGUUGAGAUGGGCAAAGAGCACGAAAUGGAUAAAGCGUUGAAGGGAUCUUCCAACACCACCGGAGCAACAGACGUCGGGGCUGGCGGAUCUAGGAGUGACAGGAUAUCGGUGCGGAGGCGAAGCAUGAUGCUCUGA